AUGUUGCAAACAGUCAAAUCUAAUCAUUCGCUGCCCAUCACACGACAAGUUUUGUGGAGCGACUCCCAGACGGUGCUGAGUUGGAUUCGGUCUGAUCAGCAUAAAUACAAGCAGUUUGUAGCUUUUCGGAUCGGAGAAAUCGUAGAGCUAACCACUGCCAGUGACUGGAGAUAUGUGCCCUCGGAUAAAAAUAUCGCAGACGUCGUGACAAAAUGGGGAUCCGGUCCACCUGUGACAUCAAAUAGUCCGUGGUUUAACGGACCUCUGUUCCUGUACGAGCCGGAAAGCAUGUGGCCUGCACAAAUGGGAGUGAUUGUUGACGUUCCGGACGAAAAGAAAGCCUGCGUGCUGUUUCACGAUGCGUCGUUUGCAAGCCCGUUGAUCAACGUACAAGUAACGUCGUGUUGGGGAAGACUAAUUCGGAUCGCCGCCAGCGUCAUUCGAUUCAUCGAAAACUGUCGCAGAAAAGUAAAAGGCCAGCCCAUUUUAGUGUUGCAAGCUCACCGUUCACUGGAAGGCCUAAUAAGGAGAGAUGUAGAACAAAUUCUUCAACCUAUGCGUCAAGAAGAACUUCAAUUUGGUGAAAAGGUUCUAUUGAAACAGGCGCAACGCGAAGGCUUCCUGGAAGAGAUUGAAGUAUUGGAAAACAAACGGGAUUCCAAUUCAACAGCGAACAUUAGGAAAUCAUGUUGUCUCUACCAAUUGCAUCCAAUUCUCGAUGCUGAUGGACUAAUCCGAAUGGAUGGCAGAUUAGCCUUGUCGGAGGCGAUUCCCUUCGACCAGAAGUUUCCAAUAAUAUUACCUAGGCGGCACACGGUCACAGCGCUGAUCAUACAGAGUUAUCACGAAAAGUUUGGUCACGGAAAUCGAGAAACCGUAUUCAACGAGCUACGUCAACGCUUCUACAUUCCGAAGCUGCGGUCGAUGAUCAAAUCAGUUACGAAAGACUGUAGUUGGUGCCGCGUAAACAGGUGUCAACCAAAGGUUCCGUUGAUGGCACCUCUUCCUGUCCAGCGUGUCACUCCACCAUUUCGGCCUUUCUGCUCGGUCGGAGUAGAUUAUCUUGGUCCUGUAGAGGUAUCCAUAGGUCGACGAAGGGAGAAAAGAUGGAUCGCUUUGUUCACUUGCCUGGCCGUGAGGGCAGUUCAUCUAGAAGUAGUGCAUAACUUGACUACAGAAGCAUGUCUGAUGGCGAUCAGACGGUUCAUCUGCAGGAGAGGCUCGCCAAACGAGUUCUUUUCAGAUAAUGGGACAAACUCAAGGGCGCCCACAACGAAAUGA